CAAAUGAGCCUCUCGGGCACAAGCGCCGCACAGGUGAGCCUUCCUCCACUCUGGAAAAUGACAAAGUAAGUCAUACUAGUUGCAGUUGUCGAGACGGAUUUGGCAUUCUUGCAUCGCUAAACAGACACCUGAGGUCAGGAAGAUGAGCGCAGACACUCUGGAGCAGUCGGACACUCAGGGGGAGCAGACAAAGCUUAAAGGAUCUGGAUUCCACCGAUCAAUCAAGACCGAGGACAUCAACGACUCAUCCCACCUGAUUUCCUCGCUGAAGACAUGUCACAUGACGCAAAGUCCGUCCAUGCACGCUUCGCACAUGACUGGGGACCUGACGUCCCUGCACAGCAUGCACAGCAUGGUCCUGAUGCCCCCGUCUCACCUGUCGUCUCCGUCCCCCUUCCUGCUGUCCCAGAACGGCCCCAGUCAUCAAGCCCUUCUGCAGCAGAACCUGAUGUCGCUGCCGGGGCAGAACCAGAACGGUCUCCUGCAUCACCAGCCCGGCCUGGCUUUGACUCCGCAGGCGAUGAGUCGUUCGGGCCUGGUGGGCCCCUCGCUGGACAACCACAUGGACAUGUCCCACCUGCAGAUGGUCAAACAAAUGGCGCUGCCGCCCCAGGAAGAACCCAGCGAUCUGGAGGAGCUGGAGCAGUUUGCCAAGGCCUUCAAGCAGAGACGCAUCAAACUGGGCUUCACGCAGGGCGACGUGGGCCUGGCCAUGGGCAAGCUGUACGGCAACGACUUCAGCCAGACCACCAUCUCCCGCUUCGAGGCUCUUAACUUGAGCUUCAAGAACAUGUGCAAGCUCAAACCUCUGCUGGAAAAGUGGCUGAACGACGCAGAGAACUCCCCUUCCGACUGCAUGAGCAGCGCCGCCUCCCUGCCGCCGCUGAUGGAAGGCUACGGCCGCAAGCGUAAAAAGAGGACCAGCAUUGAGACCAACAUCAAGCUCACGCUGGAGAAGCGCUUCCUUGACAACCCCAAGCCCAACUCCGAGGAGAUCACGCUGAUUUCCGAGGAGCUGGCCAUGGAGAAGGAGGUAGUCCGGGUUUGGUUCUGCAACCGGCGCCAGAAGGAGAAGCGGAUCUACUGCCCGGUCACUAGCUUGCCCGUCAACUCCAGGAUGGCCACCGCAAUGUCGCGACCGUACAGCCCGCUAGCUUCAGGCGGAGUUUCUUCCAAUUCAUCUCCCAAUUGCUUGAGCCGGGAAGUUUCCCCCGUCGGCCUGUCCAUGUCCUCGGGCUCAUUAACGUCUCACAUCAACCUGCCGCCGUCUUACAGCGCUCCAGGGGAAUGGGGCCGUUGGAAUUCGAUCGGCUAUCACCACUGAGGUACCUCAGCCACUUUGCUGAUGUCUUGAAUUUUCGAAGGAUGUACAAAGAAGAGUUUGAGAAGGAGAUGAGGAAAACUUUGAAACACAUACAGUACCCAAGAAACAUCGUGAGCUCUCGCCGUCAAGGCUUUCACGGUCCAGCUCAUAAGCCUCUAAGUGUGAGACUGUUUUAAAAAAAAAAAAAAAAAAAAAAAAAUCCACUUUCAUAUGCACCAUGUCCGUAUGGCAUGUUAUUUGUAUUUUUUUUGUCUAUAUGCAGUUUUUAAUUUUAAACCAUUGGCUUGCAAGCAGUCAAACAAUGGUGCUGAGAUUAUUGGGCUAACUCCUUUUUUUGUUUUUUGUUGAAGAUUGAAUUUUAAAUGAACCCUAAGUUAGACAAAAGAAACAAACUAUAAUUACAAACAAGUUCAGUGCAAUAGUGGUCUAGGUUUAAACAUCUGGCAAAAGACCAUCAGAUGACAUUCACUUAGAAAGUAGGGAAUGCAGUUUCUGAAGAAAUUACAUGUGAAGGCUCAGAGGCUGAAUGAAGACCUGUGGAAUGAUAUCAAUAGAUAUCAAAAAUUACUGAAUGAUAUACAUACAACAAUGAGCUGAACAUGUUGAAGUUGAAAUGGUUUGUAAAUGUAUAAAAACUCCAGCUGUGGAAUGGAUCAUUAAAAGACUAUUUGAUAUAAAAAUACUAAGAAUGGACUCUGAAUUGUAUUUAUGUAUGUGUGUGUAUGUAUGUGAGUGUCAGUUUCAAUUUAAAUUUCAAAGGUUAGAUGUUGUAUAGUUCUUGUCACACGCUUAUCUUAAAACACUGUGUACAGCUGUUGCUCAUACCCUUUCGAAGGUGGAGGUAGAAUGUCCAAAAUGGAGGCAAGCAGGCAAGCAGGCAUGCAGGCCGAGGGAGAGAGGCAAUGGCAGGCAGGCAGGCAGGCAAGCAAGGAAAGGGGGGAGCGGGAAUGGCAGGCAGGCAAACAGGUGGCACACAGGUACAAAUCCAAAUUGUUUGUAAUUCAACUAAGGUUUCAACAUAAAGGGUUCCAAGAAGUAAACGAAAGUUUGAUUUCUAAAUUCCAAGUUCCAAAAAUUACAAGCUUGGAGCAGACUUGAAGUAGCUUGAAGCGGCCUUUUAGCGGUAAAAAAAACUAUGUCACUACUAUCUUCCUUCUUUAUCUAACUGAGACUGACUACCAAGUGGGAGCAGCCUAUUUCCCUGAUCAGGUGACUGAUCAGGUGACCAAAGGCUUUGUCAAAUAAACAAAACAAAAAUUAGAAUUUAAGCUAAGGAAACUAAAUUGGCUCCAACAAGAUGUCAAAUAAUACUGAAUGAUAUACAUACAACAAUGAGCUGAACAUGUUGAAGUUGAAAUGGUUUGGAAAUGUAUAAAAAUAUAAAAACUCCAGCUGUGGAAUGGAUCAUUAAAAGACUUUAUUUGAUAU